CGGCCAUUACUCACUGAACACUGAUUUGACGUAUAUUUCGUGAAAACAACACAACAUUUGCGUUGAAAAGCAAUUAAAUGUGAUUUGAUUUACCGUUUGAUUAGUUUGAAUGCAUUUAAAAGUCAUUUGAAAACCCAUUUAAUGAUCAUUUGAAUGAACAGUAAUUCAAUUCAAAUGACACCAACAGUCAGACAAUUGACAUACCGCUGCCCGGGGAUGACCCCAACGCACAGACAUCACCGCACAGACAGGUGACCGCCGAUGACCACAACCCGACACCACUGGCGGCCACCACUGCUCACCAGAUGUCUGCCGAUAACGCCAUCGCCGGUAGUGUUCAUAAUAGCGGUGCCGUGAAUGCCAUGCCGUAUGCCAUGGCUUCGCCACACCUUCAGCAGCAACAGCAGGCCUACCAUCAGUACUAUCAGCAGUACUAUUACCAGCAAAUGGCGCCCCAAAUGAUGCCGCAGACGUACCCAUACUUUAUGCCGCAACUGAUCCCACGACCAAUGGUUCCGAUGGGACCACAGGUGGCGACCAUAACGCCGCAAAUGUCUGCCAUUAUUAACCACAACACCAAUCAUCACAAUAACAGUAGCCGUGCGGCGGACCAGACGUCUGGCGGUGAGGCCUACUCGGAGGCCGGGGAGGAC